CUUUUCGCCUUCCACAUACAGAAACGAUUCAGUUCAGUUUUCAGUUUGCGUGCGGAGUAGAACCGUUUGAAUGUCGGAAAGGCGUUUUUAUAGAAUUCAGAAUAGAAAAUAAGGGAUAUCUGAAUCGAGUGAUGUCCAGCUGUAGUUAAUUGUGAAAUCUGAAUAUAUAAAAAAGGAUAUAGUGGGAAACUUAUGGGAUAAGCGUUAGAAAUCGAAGGAAAACACGGCCACGCUCGACUGAAAUCACUUUUCGCGACCACCUCCACUCGUCCUCCGCCCCGAGUUUUCCAGUUAGACACUGUGUGUGUGCAUAUACAGAGGUGUAGAAAGAAAAAAAAAGUGAUGUGAGCAGAGCGGAGAGCCGAGGAACGCGACUCGACGCCACUGACAUAAAUUCCUAUUUUUAACUUCCCUGCGGCGAUAUCCCGAUUCCGACCGAUACGGAAUCAAUUCGCCAGGCGUAUGCAAAUUGUGCUGAAAUUAGUCCAGGAAAGCCCGCAGACCUGUGCGAAAAACCCUUCCAGUUAACAGUUUUUAACUUAUUCUCUUGGCCCGUGGCUUCCAAACCAUCUUUUGACAAUCGCCCCUCUCUGUGCUAAGAGUGUGUGUGUCUGUGUUCGAGUGUGUUGGUGUCGGUGUUUUUGUGUCAGUGUCAAAAUCGGGUUAGUUUUGGCCCGAUGAUUACUAUUGUCUAACUAAAUCAAAUAUUGCCAAUGUCAAUGCUAACAGCCAUUCGAAUCAAUACGGUGCAACAAUAAUUGCAAGCUAAUCUCCUGCCAAAAAUAGUUAGUUGUCAGUGCGCGAGUGAUUUUAUAAUUAAUUUUACACCAAAAAAAAAAUACAAAAAAAUCAAUGCUGAUCACAAUCCAACUGAUAGGAUAGUCUUAGUGUCGUCUUCGAUAUUUUUAUAAGAAAAAGAAACUAAAAGCAAAGUAACUGACACCUUUUUGGCAAAUACGUAACAGUCUUGCCAGCUCACCGUCAUAAGCACCGCUGUCACCAUAACCACCGCCACCGGAAAAUCCCUAAUCAUCCCACCAGACUUUGGUGUGGGUGGUUGUUGGUCGUGCCGCCGCUGUUGUUGCACCGUGUCGUCACAAACACCAGCAAGAUAUCUUCCUUCGAAGAAGACUACCGGGCUGACAGGCCCAUGGUGCAGCGCGCAUCCUCCUCGGAUGCACCCUCCGUUCAGGGCGGCCAUCAUCGAGAGUCUCGAUUUGGCCUUGGAUACCCCUCCUAUCAGAGUGGAUACAACAAACUAUUCACACAGGGUUCUGCCGACUCGAACUACUCACAACCGUCAUCCGAUCUGUCGCUAGACGAGGAAAAGGAAUCGCUUCGGCGAGAAAAGGAACGUCAGGCCUUAAGCCAGUUGGAUAAAGCGAGGAGCAAACCAGUGGCGUUCGCUGUGCGAACCAACGUAGCAUACGAUGGCACCAUUGACGACGACUCGCCCGUUCAGGGUGGAGCUGUUUCGUUCGAGAUCCGGGAGUUCCUGCACAUCAAAGAGAAGUACGACAAUAACUGGUGGAUCGGCCGGCUGGUCAAGGAGGGCUGUGAUGUGGGCUUCAUACCCAGCCCCGCUAAGCUAGACAACAUUCGCAUGCAGAACCAAACCAGACCCUCAAGACUGUAUGGCACAAAGGGCUCGUCGAGCGGGAAUCUUGGUGCGGGCGGACAAGCAGGUGCGGAGCCAUCUCGAGGUAGCACACCCCCCACACCUGGUGACGAAUCAGAUUCCAUGGGACCAGGACGACAUGGCAAGACUCCGCUGGCGACGCCGGCGAACAAGGAGAAGCGCAAACCGUUCUUCAAGAAACAGGAGACGGCCAGUCCCUACGAUGUGGUACCCUCGAUGCGACCCGUUGUCCUUGUGGGACCCAGCCUGAAAGGAUACGAGGUAACGGACAUGAUGCAGAAGGCCCUCUUCGACUUCCUCAAGCACCGCUUCGAGGGCCGGAUCAUCAUCACCCGGGUUAUGGCCGACAUUUCGCUGGCCAAGCGCUCCAUCAUGAACAAUCCCUCGAAGCGAGCCAUCAUGGAGCGCUCCUCCAGCCGAAGUGACUGCCUCGGCAAGGUGCAGGAGGAGAUCGAGCGCAUCUUCGAGCUGGCCCGCUCCCUUCAGCUGGUCGUGCUCGAUUGUGAUACAAUCAAUCAUCCGUCACAACUAGCGAAAACUUCAUUAGCGCCAACAAUAGUUUACUUAAAGAUUAGCAGUAGUAAGGUUUUACAGCGUUUGAUCAAAUCACGCGGCAAGUCGCAGGCGAAAAACCUCUCCGUUCAAAUGGUUGCCGCCGAGAAGUUAGCCCAAUGUCCACCGGAUAUGUUCGAUGUAAUCCUAGAUGAAAACCAGCUGGAAGAUGCCUGUGAGCACAUUGCCGAGUACUUGGAGACUUACUGGAAGGCCACCCAUCCGGAUAUAAGAGCAGUGCCGCCCAUCGCCCGCCCCCUGCCGCAGGAGGCCUCACCCUCCGCCGAUCCGACGCGCCUGGGACCGACGCCACCAGUAGAUGGCGAGGAGUUUAUCGAUGAGCAGGAUCCCAGGAUGGGGAUGUCCGGCGGAGAACGCGAGGGUAGUCGAGAAAGGGAUCGCGGAAGCAGGGAACGGGAGAGGGAAAGGGACAGGGAGCGAGACUACUGGGAUCGGGAGUUCAACCGGGAUCGCAGCUCCAAGGAGCGGGAAAGGGAUCUGGAGUGGGAGCGGGAGAGGGCUCGCGAGUGGGAGAGAGAGCGGGAACGAGAUUGGGAUAGAGAGUUCGAUUGGGACCAAGGAGGAACCUCUUACCAUCACAGCCGCCGUCAGCCGACCUCGGUGCGCCACCAGGAGCGUGGAGGUGGUGUUGGCGCCGGCGGCGGCGGUUACGAACGGGACCGUGACCGCGAACGAGAUCGCGAGCGGGAACGGGAAAGAGAGCGGGAGCGAGAGCGUUACGAGCGACGGGAACGGGACCUCAUGCACUACGACCUCAAUAGCGACGAGCUGCUGGACGAACGGAACUUCGAGUAUCCCGCCAUGCGCAGCGGUCCUAGCGGCGCCUCCCACCACGGCCACCUGUCCCGGGGUGGUCGGCUGCUGGACGACCAGGACUUCGAACGCGAGGAGGCGCACCUCAGGAUGAGCAGCUCCCGCUACGGACCCUCGACGCGGAUCGAUGACCCGAGGGACCUGCCGCGCGGCGCCACCGUUGUCGAUCGCGAUGAAUACAGUCCGCACAGAGGUGGUGGGAGUAGUAGGAGAAUGCUGAAUGCCAUGUCCCGGCCUCUGUCCCUGCCCAGGCAAUCGUCGCUGCCCAGCACCACCACAACGAGCCGGCCCUCGAUGGCGUUCCUGCCGCGCCAGCACAGCCUGGAUCCGCAGUGGCUGUCCUCUUCGUCGACCUCCGCCGGUGCUACCGCCAUGGGUCAGCCCCGAUCUCGGCGAGAGCUCUUCCCGCUGCGCCACCAGCCGCAGUCGUUCACCCAGACCCGGUCCCACAGCCAGUACAUGCCGGCACCGCGGUACGAUCCCCAGUCCCAUGGUCACGCCCCGUCCCAGUAUCGCUACACCGUGCAGGACACCUCCUUCGCCCACCCGCCACGUUCGCUGAGGGAGGAGUUCCUCAGUCCCACCCUGAGCAAGGUCGAGGCAGUCACGCACGCCAUUCGCAACAAGAUCAUCGUGGAGGAGGACGAGGAGGAUAUCCUGAGUACGGAUCGGUUCUAUUAAAGAGAUUUCAGUCCGCCCCAGUCACCCCGCUUCGGUUCAAUUAUGGAUGACUUUGUUUGGGGGGGCAGGGCAGGUUAGCAAAAUGCAAAUUGCAGCAGUGCCAAAACACAAACACACAUUUGUAAAUGUUCCAUUCGGUAGCCACCACACGAAACACACAAGAGUACACUGACAAAAAAAGAAACACUCGAGAAAGUAGAGAGAAAUGCGAGCGUUGAAAGCCAGGAGAAACCAGAAGCAGCCCAAUGCCAAGUGGGGCCUUAUGUGUCUUAAAUGCUAUAUAGCUAAGUGUAAUCAGAUUUUAUUUAAAUAAUGUGAAUUUAAAUUAAAUGGUCUAAGCCUAAUGUUAAGCUAGUGACAGAUGACAGGUCCCGUUAAUGAACGUUAAUGAAAAGUUAAUGGUUAAAAGAGAGCAGCCCGCAGCCACCCAACAAUAUUUGUUGGCACCCACAAUGGGUCUUGUAUUUGUUAUGCAAUCGAUUGACUAAGUACAUACAUAAGUGUCAGCUUUAAUAAUUUAGUGAACGUGUCUUAAUCUAAGUCAAGCCACACAAGCACACCCACAAGAACACACUACACUCACACACUCAGUUGACUGUGAACCGAUUGAAAUCUCUUUAAUCUCAAAUCGAUGUCUGAAACACCCAAUCUAAAUCUAAAACCCUUGCUAGAAUGCAAUCAAUCAUGUAAACAUUUCUUCAGCCCAAAAUUCCUAAUGCUAUAUAUUUCACUACAGAAUCGGGAACAGUGCUUUAAGAAAGCAUCUUCCAGUCCAUUAUAUAUUUUUGAAAUAGCCAUAGAAUAUCACAGAAGUUCAAAACCUUCAAGUAGUUAUAAUCUAAUAUUUCUAUACCAUUUUCUAUAUUUUAAAUCUUAAAUAGCACUGUCCCUAAAUCAUUAACUUCUUCAACUGCAAUACUUCCCUUCGACCUAGAUACCUUGUUGCACCAUAUCAUGCCACACACCUGCCAAAAAGCGCACAGUCCGCGGUGGCAAGUCCCAGCUCCAAUGUUGGACUGCCCGCGAACAAGCCUCCAGCCAGGGUCAGGAUACAAGAAAGCAAAUCAUGACCCCGGCUUAGGUAUAGCGAUUUAAACUACCAGUGCCUUAUAAACCAUCAAAUCGAGUAUCUCAGAAGCACACACCACUCCUCCCAGGAUAUCUACCAGAUCCCGAAACUAGAUCAUUCGAAACACACCCCCACAUCGUAUGCGUCAAAAUUAUUGUUCAAGGUUUGUUGUUAGUAAAAAAAAUCGUAAUGUCGAGAGACGAGAAUCGUUGAUCUGGCCCAUUCCGAACGAGCAAUCCUUUUACAAUUCCAACCACCAUGCUAAAUUAUGUCGAACCCUACAACGAUAAACCGCACUGCAUUCAAAUCGAUCGCCACCACCUGGAGUAUGUAUUGAAGAGUAUAGCUAGUUGAUCUGUAAGCACUCCUGCAGAACCCAUCCUACUGUCCAAAGACUACACAGAUAGAAGAACAGAAAUCACUGGGUAACGUAGUCGAUAAAACGGAGCACUCCUACGUAGAAGAUAGACCAUGCCUGGCCAUGGCCCGAGAAACAAAUAUUUAAAAGAAUCUAGUACUUUUUGAUAUAAGAGAUAAAAGGUGAUAUAAUUACAAUUUUUGGACAACACACGACAAAUACAGAUACAUAGAAUUGUUAAAAAAUAUUUCAAAAGUAUCUGAAACUGAUACCCACAAGUGAAAAUGCUCAGAAAUCAGGCAGGUUAUUUUGAAAAUCAAAAAAGGUGACUAUCAUACUAAUUGGUAAAAAUAUAUUUCAAUAUGUUGUCAGUUAAUUGUUCCUUUGGGAAGCUAUCUUUCGAAAUGUAUUCGUAUUCCUGGAGAUUUUAUUUAGGAUCUUCCCUGCCGACCUAGAGCUUGGGCCUAUGGAUUGAGGGAUGGGGUUGGUCAAGGCACUGGGGUUGCUUUAAAAAAAAAAGAGCAGAAAAAGUAUAUUACAAAUAAAAACCUGAGAACGAAAAGCAACAUACGAUACGCAAGCACUUCUUGUAAAAAGUGGAAAACAAAUAUGAUCUAUGUAUUAGCUAUACCUAAAUGAAAUAUUACUUUUUAAUACUAGCAUAAAGUUGAGAAACAUAACUAGAUACGAUCCUUUGGUGUUAGGAAGGAGGUAAACGGAAUACUAAGUUAAAGAACAACAACAGUUGCGAGUGUGUAGUUAAGAAAAUUGCACAUAAUUCACAGAACUGGUAAUUCGAUAUAUAUAUAUAUAUUAAAAUAAAUGGAUACACACAUAUAUAAAAGUACAUAGAAAUUUAUACAUGAAUAUGUGCGUUCUAACCAUAAUUAACAAAAUUUAAACCGAUACAGAUACAUCAGCCGGCAUUUUGUAAGCGUAAAAACCAGAAAACCAUAAAAUCAGAAAAACCAAAUACUAAAUAAUGUGAACUAUAAAACUAAUAGAUAAUCCCAGUUAAAGGAAAUGUAAAGCGAACUUUGCCACAAACAUUUCAUCAGAUUUGAUAGGAAUAUGUUGAUGAUAUUUUAUACGAUGCCUUAAAUUUCUAAACUCAAAUUUUUUUUUUUUAUAAAAUUUCAGAAAGUUAAACUUGAUAAAUUCGAAAAUUCCAGUACAUAACCUUCUGAUCAGAUGGACAAAAAAGGUCCCGGGGCUCGCAGCCUGCAUACAUUUUUGAACCAAAAAAAAAAAAAUAUUGAAACAAUGAAAACAAAAACAAACUGGUUUGCUUAUAAUAUAUAGCAAUUUUUUGUAAUAAUCAAUUCUUAUUUCCAUUUAAUAAAACAUAAAAAUACUAAAGCCAAUCAAUUUAAAUUUGUAGACACUCUUAAAAAAAACUCAAACACAAAAAUGCAAGCAAAUUUUAUAGCAAAAAUACCGAAAUCUUAAAAAGAAUACGCCUAUAUAUAAUUAAAUUUAGCGGUAAUAACUUCUCUACUUUUCAAGCCACUUAAGUAAAAAACAAAAUGAGUAAAGCAACUUCGGCUUGUCGAAGUUCUUAUACCCUUGCAUUUUUAUUAAAUCCUUGAUCGAUUCUAUAAUGCCAAUAGUAAAGACUUGUUGAAAUCAUCAGACCAAUGAAAGGAUAAUAGAUAAUUUUUUGAAUUUAAUGCCUUCUGCAAGGGUAUAAUUAACGUUGAAGCAAACCUUUAUUUUUUCGCCUAAUUCCAAAUGUUAAACUGAAGAAGAAAUUUGAAAAUCUGUUUGACGAGAGCACACCUGAGAAUUCCCUAAUCAAUAAUUCUAAUGGAAAAUAUUAUGAUUAACCAAGAAGUUCCCCCUACCCUCAACACAAAAAAAAAACACAAAAGCCGAACACAAAAUAAUAGUGGAAAUGUCAAUCCAAAUCCCAAUUUAUAUUAAAUAUUUUAUACAUGCAAAAAAAAAUUAUAAAUAAUGUAAAAACAAAAACCAAAAAAAAAAAUGUGAAAACCAGUAAUUUAAAUCCAAUCAACAAUUUCCAAGAGUUGUAUGUAAAUAGUUUAUGAUAUUUCAAUUUGUUAUGAAAAUAUUUAGUUAAUGAACUUUGUAAUAUUCUUAUUUUGAAUGGAUCAGAAGAUAUUCUGCGGCCAUUUUGUUUUGGUUUUCAUUUCCCGCCUUCGAUUGUUGUUCUCCGUAUGUUUUUGGAAAAUACGUAGUUAAAUGAAAGCUAAAUUGCAAAUAAAAGCAAAUACAAUAAAAAUAUUGAAAAUAUA